AUGUCUAGACCGAAUGUCCAAAUCCCUCCCGAGUUCGCCUCAGCACUCAAGGCCUUCUCACCAAAAGACGCCAGAUCAGAUGCAGAGAUCCUCGCAACACUCACUCAACAUGCGCCAGUGGCAUCCGAAAAGAACAUCUGGGCCUUCUGGGACAAAGGCAUCGACAAAAUGCCAGGCUGGUGUCAGCGCAACGUCUACGACUGGGUAAGAAUCUGCGGAGAUGGCAGCGACACCCCAGAACCAUGGACAAUCCGAGUACUAGACGCCAUCCCAUCGUCCCCAAAUUACGCCCUAAACUUCGUCACCCCAGACCAAGUCCCCCAAUCCUUCGUUCAAGGCGCAAUGCAAGGCCCCUACACAGGCCCUCACUCCGCCGACUUCCUCCGCGGCGCACUCCUCUACAACCACGGCGGAGUCUUCAUGGACGUAGGAAACAUCCUCUUCCGGCACCUCGACCACAUAGCCUGGAACACCCUCACCUCCUCCACCUCCCCCUACCGCAUCGCAGUCCCCAUCAUGUACGAUCAAGUAAUCUCCAACUCCUUCGUAAUGUCCCGAAAACACGACCCUUUCAUAAAAACCUGGCACGAACUAUUCACACACUUCUGGAAAGGACGUAAAGACCACAAGGGAAUCAUGACAGAUCCCCUCCUCGCAUUCGCCGCAAAUUUGAAUUUCGAAGACUCCCGACAAAGUGAUUUUCAUUGGGACUUCAACGUCGAUCCCGCGACCGUUUUCGAAUAUAUAUCCCAAGUCCUGGCCUUCUUACGCCUCACCAUGCUCAACUCUCCCCUCCCGGGCGGUGGAGAGACCUGUGCCGAAUAUUGGCAAACCCACAUCUUCUGUUUCGAUUCCUUACAAGAAUGCUGGGGCGCGGAGAGCGUGAUUGGGUUCAAAGGACAAGAUUUUUACGAUGCGUUAUCCACGCGUACGGAUAUUGAUGUCGAAAGUGAGGAGUAUCGGAAAGCUUCGAAUUUGGUUUGGAGGCUUUUGGCCAAGUCUAGUAUUCAGAAGAUUACGCAUGGGAAGCAUUUGACCGUGAGCAAACAUUUGGGCGCUCUGUGGGAUGAGAAUGAGGGGAGGGAUGUUGAGCCGGGGACGUUUGCGGAACUCUUGAGGUAUGGGUGUACGCAUUUCGAACAGACGCGGACUGAGAUUGUGAGGAUGGAAGCUGCGCCAGUCAAAGAGCUCAUGGAUAAAGGAGUGUUUGAGCCUUAG